AUGUCGGAUCUCAGUGAGCGCAGGCCGGUCAACACGGACUACGCUGUCUCCCUGUUGGAGCAGCUGAAGUUCUUCUAUGAACAGAAGUUACUGACUGACGUGGUGCUGCUGGUGGAGGACAACGAGUUCCCCUGUCACAAGAUGGUCCUGGCCACGUGCAGCUCCUAUUUCAGGGCCAUGUUUAUGAGUGGUCUGUCGGAGAGUAAACAGAGUCAUGUUCACCUGAGGAACGUGGACCCAGCCACCCUGCAGAUCAUCAUCACAUAUGCCUAUACAGGCAACCUGGCUAUUAACGACAACACCGUGGAGCCCCUGUACGAGACGGCAUGCUUCCUCCAGGUUGAGGACGUGCUCCUGCAGUGCAGGGAUUACCUGGUGAAGAAAAUCCACGCAGACAACUGUGUCCGGAUGCUGAGCAUCGGGGAUCUGUUCUCCUGUGUGGAGCUGAAGCAGAGCGCAAAGCGCAUGGUGGAACACAAGUUCUCCGUGGUCUACCGUCAGGAGGCCUUCCUACAGCUAUCCCACGAGCUGCUGGCCGACGUACUGAGCUCAGACAACCUCAACGUGGAGAAGGAGGAGACGGUGAGAGAGGCAGCCAUGCUGUGGCUUGAGUACAACAUGGAGGCUAGGUCCCAGUACCUCUCUUCAGUGCUCAGCCAGAUCCGCAUCGACGCUCUGUCUGAGGUGACGCAGCGCGCCUGGUUCCAGGGCCUACCUCCUAACGAUAAGUCUGUCGUGGUGCAGGGCCUCUACAAGUCCAUGCCCAAGUUCUUCAAACCCCGCCUGGGGAUGACCAAGGAGGAGAUGCUCAUCUUCAUGGAGGCUACGUCAGAGUCGCCGGCUGACACGGGUCAGGUGACGGCGGGCCCCAACCACACGGUGGUGUGUUACAGCCCGCAGGCCGAGAAGGUCUACAAGCUCAGCAACCCGCCCGGCGACCUCCAGAAGGUGGGAACGCUCGUCACCCCCGACAACGACGUGUUCAUCGCCGGCGGGCAGAUCCCGCUGAAGAACUCGAUCGCCAACCACAGGAAGAGUGGUAGCAAGAUACAGGCAGUGUUCCGAUCGGUGGACAGCUUCUUCUGGUUCGACGCCCAGCAGAACGCCUGGGUGCCCAAGACGCCCAUGCUGUGUGCCCGCAUCAAGCCCUCCCUGGUCUACUGUGAGGGGUAUAUCUAUGCCAUUGGGGGGGACAACGUGGGCGGGGAGCUGAAUAAACGUACCGUGGAACGCUACGACUGUGAGAAAGACGAGUGGGCCAUGAUGUCUCCUCUCCCCUGCGCCUGGAACUGGACCACGUCCGUAGCAGCCCACGACUGUGUCUACGUGAUGACCCACGACCUCAUGUACUGCUACUUCCCCCGCGCUGACACCUGGGUAGAGAUGGCCAUGAGGAAAACAAGUCGCUGCUUCGCCUCCGCCGCCGCCUUCGGUGACCUCAUCUUCUACAUCGGAGGGCUCCACGUGGUCAGCAACUCCGGUGUCCGCAUGCCUACCAGCACCAUCGAUGGCUCCUCGGUCACCGUGGAGAUCUAUGACGUCAGCAAGAACGAGUGGCGCCUGGCCGCCAACAUCCCUGCCAAGCGUUACUCGGACCCGUGCGUGCGGGCCGUGGUCCUCCUGGGCUCUCUCUGCAUCUUCAUGCGCGAGACUCACAUGAAUGAGCGCGCCAAGUACGCCAUCUACCAGUACGAUCUGGAGCUGGACCGCUGGUACCUGAGGCAGCCUGUGUCGGAGCGCGUGCUCUGGGACCUGGGGAAGGACUUCCGUUGCGCCGUGGGGAAGCUGUACCCAUCCUGUCUGGAGGAGUCCCCAUGGAAACCACCCACCUACCUGUUCUCCCCCGACGGGGCCGAGGAGUUUGAGGUGGACGGCGAGAUGGUGUCUCUCCCUCAUAUAUAGCUCUUAACCUUUCACCUCUGAACUCUGGAUGUGACAUGUUAGAGGGUGGAGGGAUGCCCCUGAAGUCCAGGGGGGUUGGAGGAGUAGAGUACCACAGUACUGAGAAAAUAAACGGUUUGGUAUCUGACAGCUACUAGGCUUGCUGCAUUUAAAGGCUGUUCUGCCUGGCUGGCUGUUGCUGACAAACAAACAAUAUUCAAAAUGGAGGAGAGAAAUGGAAAAACUAGUUGCCAGUUGCAACUUCAAAAAAUAACAAGUCUGUUUCAACAAUGUGAUAAUCAAAAGUCAACUGAUAUGUGAUGAUGAUGCACUUACUGGGGAAAAUGUCCUUGGAAUUCCGAUGGAAACUGUACCAAAAUCCCCCCCCCCCCCCUGGUCUCCACCUCUUUCCGUUCUCUCACCACUGUUUUGAAUCCACAUCCAUGUCUUUCCUAGGGACACCUGGCUUGUGUCCCAAACGGCUCUCUGUUCCCUGUGUGUAGGGCACUGCCCUAUAGGCUCUGGCCAAAAAGAAGUGCGCUUUAUAUGGCAUAGGGUGCCAUUUUGGGGUGCAGCUGGUAUUGGAACAUCCAGGGCCGAGCGUUGGGUUGGGCAGUACGGAGGUCUGAGGUCAUAGCAGUGGGAACGGGGAGGUGUGGGAGAGGUUCUAGAUGGUGACUGCAGGUCCGGUCACUAGUCAUCUCUCUACCUCUCUGUCCCAGUCAUCCUC